AUGAAUAAAAAGAAGAGUAAAAGGCCAAUUACGGUCUUGAUUGUUACUGAAUACUUCGUUCCCACCAUUGGAGGUGUUGAGAUUCACGUAUACAAAGUCGCGGAAUACCUAAUUAAAUUCGGAUUUAAGGUGGUAAUAUUCACGAGGAACUUCGGGGACAGACGGCGAGGGGUCCGGUAUAUGGAAAACGGAAUCAAGGUGUAUCACCAGUGGAACAACGGCCUCAUCCCGCCUUCCACCAUUCCCACCUUCAUUGACCUCUUUCCCUACUAUCGCAACAUUUUAAUCAGGGAGAAGGUGGACGUUGUGCACACGCACAUGUCCGCGUCAAGACUCAAGCUGGAGAUCGAGACGUAUUCGAUCAUUCUCGGGUACCGCGUCGUCUUCACGGACCACAGCCUGUUCAGCUUCUCAGACCUAGGGCCGAUAUUUCUGAACGAGGACAUUAAGCACUAUUCGCCCUUCCUCGACCACCUGGUCGCUGUUUCUAACCGCCACAAGGAGAACAUAGUGCUCAGGUCAGAGGUUGACCCCCGGAAGAUAUCAGUAAUCCCAAACGGACUGGAGUCAAAGGACUUCGGAUGCAACGCCGAGCAGCUGCCUCUCGACAAAAUUGUCAUUGUGUACAUCUGUAGACUCUGCGAGCGCAAGGGCAUCGACCUGGUAGUCCAGGUAAUUCCCAUCGUCUGCAAAAGGCACAAAAAUGUGGAAUUCAUCAUCGGCGGUGGUGGUGACAGGAUAGCUAUGGUCAGAGCAAUGGUUGAUAAAUUUUACUUGCACGACAGGGUUCAAAUUUUGGGAUACGUUCCGACUCACGAGGUUAACAACGUGCUCAGAAGGGGUCACAUAUUUCUGGUGACGUCGCAAACGGAGUCGUUUUGUAUAGCAGCUCUAGGUGCGCACUUAUUUCUCAACGAUAUUUCAGAGGCGGCCUCAAGUGGCCUCAUAGUCGUCUCCACAUCGGUCGGCGGGAUUCCAGAGAUUCUCCCUCACGACAUGGUUCUGCUCUCAGACUACGACCCUUUAGCGUUCUCUUACAGAAUUGAUGAGGCUAUUGGCAUGCUAUCCACGGUCGAUACCAGGAAGUACCAUGAGAGGGUUAAAAACAUGUACUCGUGGGAGAAGACUGCUCUGAAGCUGACUGGCGUUUACUACAAGGCUCUUUUGACUCCCAGGAUGAGUCUGAGGGAGAAGAUUUACAAGUUGUUGAGGGUGAAGAACGGCUACGGAAUUUCUCUCAUUCUCAUCUUCGCCGUCGCCCUUUUCCAGUGGUUCAUAUACGAGUACAUCUUUCCUAGGUAUUUGGAGCAUAUUACACUACUGUACAGGCGUGAGUUUGAGGAGCCUCCCAACUGGUCUCAGGCCCAGUGCAGGGAUGCCAAGGCUGAGAAGGCUCAGUUUUAA